CUCCACUCUUGCGCCAACAAUCGACCGUAAAUCAUAAUAGCAAAUUCCAGAGAAAUGGCCGGCCCAAUCCGUCACCCAAUCCCGGUCGGCUCGCUAACGGACUACCUUCGCAACAACGUCGCGGAGAUCAACCUCCCGCUGAUUAUCCAGCAAUUCGGCUACGGUCAGUCGAACCCAACAUACCUCCUAACGUCCUCAAACACCGGAGCGAAAUACGUCCUGCGCAAGAAACCCCCCGGGAAACUGCUUAGCAAGACAGCACACCAAGUAGAGCGUGAAUACAGAGUCCUCAAAGCUCUCUCCGAGGUGGCGCGGGACCUUCCCGUGCCGAAGGUGUACUGUCUAUGCGAGGAUGCGGACGUCGUCGGGAGCGCAUUUUAUAUCAUGGAGUUCUUGGAUGGGCGGAUAUUUGAGGACGCUGCGUUGCCGGGGGUAACACCGGAGGAGAGGGCCGUUAUGUGGAAGUCGGCCAUCGUGACUCUGGCUAGGUUGCAUAAGAUUCGGCCGGAGGAGUAUGCCGCUUUGAAGGGCUUUGGGAAGCCGAGCGAUUUUUAUGGGAGGCAGGUUCGGACGCUGUCCACUAUUGAGGCGGCGCAGGCUCUGACGAAGGAUGUAGAGACUGGGGUCGAGGUUGGGAAGAUCCCGAGGUUUGAUGAGGCAGUGGGUUCUUCUGCUUUGUUUCCAUCGUGCCCGCACUUUAUCGCGGACACUAGGGCUAACUGUGGUUGGAGGUAUAGAUGAAGUUUUUCUCUACCACUCAACCGAAGGAUCGAUCGACCGUGAUUCAUGGCGAUUAUAAGAUUGACAAUCUGGUGUUCCAUAGGACCGAGCCAAGAGUUAUCGGUAUCUUGGAUUGGGAGCUGUCUACCAUUGGCCAUCCUCUUAGCGAUGUUUGUAUGUCACAAUUGUUUAGCUAUUGGGUUCGCACUUGUUAACAGUUCCGAGCAAACCUACUAUCACCAUAUCAACUCGCCUUGGAAACUGGUGCAUCUGCGAUGUCUGUUGAAACAAGGGAUUUCCUUCCUGGUGCAACUCCCGGGCUCCCGCCCCGCCAGCAGGUUAUCGACUGGUAUGGCCAAGCCUCUGGAUGGAACAUACUACCUAGCGAAAUGUAUUGGGGGGAUGCGUUUGGCUUUUGUAGAGUAUGUUUCCGAUAAUUCACGUCAAUGGGUAUUAUGCUGAUAAUGUUGGUAGAACUCGGUGAUUGCUCAAGGAAUUGCGGCCAGGGCUGCUAGACGCCAGGCCAGUAGUGCGAAAGCGGGAGCAUAUGCUGAGCGAGCACCGGGGUUGGUGGUUAUUGCUUGGAGGUAUGUUACCAUUUGUAUAUUACAUCCACGGUCACUGGGGGACUAACUGUUUUGGCAGACAUAUCGAGAUGAGUGAGAGAGAAAGGAGAAAGGAAGAAAGAGUAGUUAAAUUGUAGUAAUAAUUUGCUUGGAUUUUUUGUUUUCGGGAUAUCGAUGCUACGUUUGCUACGUAACUUAAUUGCUGGCUUCAUUGUGGGAUACGUACUCCGCUGGCGUAUGUAUAUUAUUCCAUGAGCUUGGAGGCCCAAGACGAUCUUAAACAUUGACCUCUAUUUCACCACUCCAUUAGCUUUCUCUGCCCCUCUACAAAUAUUCUUAUCCCUAUAUUACUUAAUCGAAAAGGCCAUCCGCUCUCCCCCUGACAUAAUUGUCAACAUUAGUUUGUGAGAAUGAACCAACCCCCAAAUGGGGGCCCAAUACAGGUUACCCCCGCACGAGAGGGGCGCAUGCGGGAUGUAGGAUCAGGAGAUUUCACCAAUAUGCAUCACUUACCUGGCGUUAUCCCUCGCGGGAACCCAAUUUACCCUCCCGCAUCAGAUAUCCUUGGGGGACCGCUAUUCCAUGAGGGUAUCUAUAUUGGCAGGUAUUCUCCUCUUCUAGAAACAAAGUGCCUGAUGAAGCCGAGUCUGCAGUCAAGGGCGCUGCUGGCAGUGGCUCGAGUCGUGGGGACUUCAGUGUGUUGGUUCGGGAUGCUUCGCAAUUGCUAACGCUGCUCCUCGAGGGUGUUCAUAGAUCGAUUCAUCCGUGGGAGCUCAGGGGUAUCAGUCGUUUCCUCGACCGUGUCUCUGGGGAGCAGUUCGCGUCAAGGGAUGAGAACAGAGUUCUUCCAGCCAAAAAUCCCUACCCCAUAUCCGUUGCACAUACCUCAAGGCCUACUACUCCCCCUGGUUUUGAGGGCUUUGGACGCUCUGACCGCGUGAACAUUGCAGUAAAAUUUGAGUUUGUGCUGUUGGACUUUGGAUCAUCAUCUUGGGCGAUAUGGGUUGUGAAUGAGGCGUGUCGGGAGCAUGAUUCAAGGAUCCGUGCUAAAUACCACCAUGCGCAGGGCAUAUACCGCGGGAAGUACAAAGUCUGGGCGAAUGAAACCAUCUGCGCGGUAACCGGGAAAGGAGUUGGCCAACCUGUCAAAGUCCGUACCCCAUUCACCCACAGUAAAACCUGGAGAGGGGUGAUACCGGAAUGGGUCGAUGCACUGCGAGGUUGUGGAAAGUUGGCAUUCAAUGCUACGACUGCAUUACAGCUGUACGUUGGCAUCCAAAGGUCCUUCGAAACACACGAAAUCCGCCGAAUUUGCAAGGGCGUUAUCGUCUUCGAAGAAGAAAUCGACAAAAUUCACGAUCGAGCCCGUGUUCCGGCUAGGGAAGACAGACACUCGUGCUACAGGACAUGCCGGUACAACGAUACCUUCAAACACAUGACCACGCUGGAGGCGCUCUCACAUCUGGAUUCUCAACCUUUUAUAAGUGAAUUGGUCUAUUGUAUAAACCCGAUCCAAGAUUAUUCCCACAAGUAUAACUUUCGCGGCCUUUCGCGUCACCAAAAUAUUGAAUUUAGACAGGCGGGGGCCACAGAUGACCCAGUGGAAAUUCUCCGGUGGAUCGACACGGUCACAAAGUUUGUGGAAGCAUGCAUGAAUACCAGGGGGGAGGAGUAUGUAAGAAUGGCAGGGCCCGGUGGCAUCACGGGGGACGAUCUCGUGCGGUUCGGGAUUCGGCCCGCACCUAUAGCUAGGCCGGGAUUGGCAGCGGAACGGAGUGGACACGCGGAGGACGUAGGAAGGUGAGUAAGAAGGGGCACAAGGAGGAAUCGGCGGUGGGGUAGGCGAGGAAGGGGGUAGAGGGGAGGGGACAAGAAUAGGAGGGGGACCUGGGAGUUUUUUGGGGAUCUAUCGCGAAACGGGUUUUGGUAACAUAGCUUUGAUAUCCGCUUUCGUUGGAUCUUGGCAUAAGUUGGGAAUGUGGUGUAAUACAUUUUACCACAAGGGUCCUGAUACUAGCGGUGAUGAAGGAGCUUGAGGAGGCGCUCAGUAGUCGUACGAAGGGAGGACCAGCUACGCUAGAGAAGUAG